AUGCCUGAAGUUACGGAAAUUCGAAACCCGCUUGAUGUGGCCUCCAUUGAGGUCUUCUUGAAAGAACUCCCGAAGAUUUACACUCCUGGUAGAUUUGUUCCUGAGUUUGAGACACCAAUAGACAUAAAACAAUUUACAUUUGGCCAGUCGAAUCCUACCUAUUUAAUUAAGGAUGCUGCCGGGAAGCAGUUCGUGUUAAGAAGAAAGCCAACCUCCAACGGCAAAUUAGUCCAGAAACUGGCUCACGCAAUUGAACGAGAGUUUUACAUAUUGAACGGUAUCCAGCAUUGCAAUGAGGGGAAACUGCUGCUGCAAAAAGUACCCAUUCCGGAGGUGUACUUAUUGUGUGAAGACGAGUCUGUGAUUGGCUGUGUGUUCUACGUUAUGGAAUAUGUGGAGGGUCGGUCAAUCAAGAGGGCAGAUAUGCCUGAAAUACCAAAAGAGAAACAGAAGGACUACUGGGAGGCAAUUAUGCAAACAGUGGCCGCCAUCCAUUCUGUAGACUAUGAAGUCUUGGCUCAACACUUACCACCGAAACAUUUUCCAAAUGUCAGCAAGCAACAAAGCGCCUCAAAAUCGCUGUACUUCGAAAGACAGUUGAAAACUUUGAAAAAAAUGGAGUCGCUACAGUCGACUACUGUUGAAGGUAUUCCCCACUUCGAUAUUCUCACCAAGUGGGUCUUGGAUCAUUCUCCCCCUGAUGUAGCUGCCCGAACUUUGAUACAUGGCGAUUGCAAAAUUGACAAUCUCAUUUUCCACCCCACAGACGCAAAGGUCAUUGCUGUGCUAGACUGGGAAUUAUGUACCGAGGGACACCCACUUUUCGAUCUUGCCAAUCUCUUGCAACCUUUUGAAUUCCCUAUUGCAUUGAACAGUCUCGUUUAUCGAACAAAAGAGAUAUCAAUUGGUCGAGAAAAUCCGGCUUCACAGGAUGAAGUGAAACAGUUGUUAAGAAUGUAUGAGGCAAGUUUAGGGCAUCCAUGGGAUUCGAGGAACCCCAAAAACAACCCAGAGGAUCAAUGGCGAUUGGGUGUAAUUUUUGGGCUAUUGAGACUCUGUGUCAUCUCACAGGGAAUUGCAAUGAGAGUGAAAAAGGGAGCGGCAAGUUCGGCGUCGGCAGCAAGAUAUGCCAGUCUCUACAAGGAUUUGAGUGGCCUAGCAUACGCAAUCAUAGGUGACAAAAGCAAGAUCUAA